AUGCGAAGGGAUUACCAGGACGGCGAGGUGCUCGAGGGCACCACCAGUUACACGCUCGCUUCCGGCGAAGCGUGGGACGACGCGUCCGAGCUGAAACUGACGCUCGCCAUCGUCGGCACGCUCUUCCUGCUGCUCACUGUGCUCACUAUGUUUGCGCGAGCGGCGGGACCGCCGAGCGGCGCGCGCGCCACCGCCACGCGCGCCACCAUGAGAGGCGUGGCGGGCCAGAGAGGCGUGGGCGGGCAGCGCCUGAUUGAGGACGACCAUGUGCGUUCGGACGACCCCGUGUCAUGCGAGGUGAUGGCGGGCGCCGCCUCGCCGGUGGCGUAUUCGCGACGGCUGCCGCGGCCGUCCGCCGUGCGGGUGGCGGGCUGGGAGGACCGCGAGGGCGUGACGCACUACGUGAUCGAGGUGAAGGAGCCGGGUUCCGCGUCUGUGAAGGACGUGGAGGCGCCCACUCGCCGGCUGCACAAGCGGCUGCACACCGGUGCCGGUGAGGCACUCGGUCUGGCGCUGGCGUCGCCCGCAAAGCUACCGCUCGCACCGCCAGACGACACCUUCAAGGCGAAGCGCGCGCAGGCAGUGCUCUGA